AUCACAGUAGUCUGCAGACCGAUGAUGUCAGUUUACGAGAUGUAGGAGUCUCUGCAUCACCAUGUGUGCCGACACAGUAUAGGCCUACUGCUGGCCGUCAGCGGGCAAGCAGAGGAGAAAGAGGAGGGGAGGAAAAGUGUGUUUACACAGACGGCAAACUGCCUGGGGAAUCGUAGGGGAGAGGAAGUCAGCCGGCUCUGUGUCUGCCUGCUCCAACUUCCUGCUCAGAAAAAGAAAAAGCCCAGGAUCCUAUUUCAGUCCAGCACAACUCAUGUAGACCAGAAGUAAGCAUGGAAAAACAAGGAAUCACACAAGCGUCGCCGUAAACUUUCUCGGAGGGACCAGACCGAGUCGGAGAUCGCAGGAAUGGACAGUGCCAUCACUCUGUGGCAGUUCUUGCUGCAGCUGCUGCUCGAUCAGAGUCACAAGCACUUGAUAUGCUGGACGUCCACAGACGGCGAGUUCAAGCUCCUCAAGUCGGAGGAAGUGGCCAAGCUGUGGGGGCUGCGCAAGAACAAGACCAACAUGAACUACGACAAGCUGAGCAGAGCCCUGCGCUACUACUACGACAAGAACAUCAUCAAGAAGGUGAUUGGCCAGAAGUUUGUCUAUAAGUUUGUGUCCUUCCCUGAGAUCCUUAAGAUGGACCCGCAGGCGGUGGAGAUGGGCCUGGCUUCGGGAAGGCUUCCCCUUCAGGAACAAGAGGCCCAGGAGCUGGAAGUGGAGGAGGAGGAGGAGGAGGAGGAAGCUGAGGAGGAGGCCCAGAGGAGGACCCUGGCAGCCUUGGGGGCACAGCAGUGUCGGAAUGACUACCUCCACUCGGGUCUCUACUCGUCAUUCAGCAUCAGCUCCCUGCAGAAGCAGCCCGAGCUCCUCCGUGCCCUGCAGGAGCGUCAGGAGGAGCAGCGCUCCGUCAUCCGCUUCGGCACCAACGCCAACGAGAGGAGCUCUCCUCCCUCAGCCAAGCCCGAGUCCUAUGUCUCGCCGGGGCCAUCUAAACUCACCUCUCAUUCCCCCUCCCCGUCCUCUCCUCACACUCAGCCCGGCCGGAGCCCCGCUGCUGAGGAGGAGGAGCAGGAGGACUCUGACCAAAGCGCUCAACCCCUCAAUCUGUCCUCCGGGCACAGAGGGCGAGCCCUGCAGCCUCCUGAAAAGAGGAGCAGCAGCGGCGGUGGCAGAAGCAGUUCUCUUAACAGUAGCGCUAACCACGGAGAUGGACUCCCCCCAAAAAGCAAAAAGCCCAAAGCUCUGGAGAUUUCAGCACCGCCCCUGCUGCUGGCAGGGAGCGACAUUGGCUCCAUCGCACUCAACAGCCCGGCGCUGCCGUCUGGGUCUCUCACUCCGGCCUUCUUCACUGCACAGACUCCCUCGGGUUUGCUGCUGGCUCACAGUCCGCUGUUGUCAGGCAUCCACUUCUGGAGCAGCCUGAGCCCCGUCGCUCCGCUCAGCCCCGCCCGGCUGCAGGGCCACAGCUCCCUCUUUCAGUUCCCCAGCCUAAUCAACGGACACAUGCCUGUCCCUCUGCCAAACCUGGAAGGAACACCCUCCUCCCUGCUCCUGUCUCCCACCACUCACAAAUCCUGAUCCAGGAUCUGUGGAAAAUGCCCCAAAUUCAUUGUUCUCUUGUUGAAAGUUUCUCAUCAUCAUAAUCAUCAGCAGCAGCGAUCUCUUAUUCAUGAUGUCAGAUUUUGUCUCAGAAAAGCAGAGACAGUUAUGUGACCUCACUUUUUUUUUUUUUUUUUUUUUUUUUUUUUGCACUUGACUUGCUUCAGAUUCUGAGUGGUUGAAAGCACUUGGUAAAAGCCAUACACCACGAUGUCUCAGAGACAUCUGGUCUCUUUGUGAUAAAGUACAGCACGUUUCUACACUAGCCUGUCCGCGACGGACAGAAGCGCCGCUGCGAAAGGCUAACCAGCCGCUCGGCCUGCGCAGAGCCUGGUUCUUUUAAUCUUUAAACAAAAAAAAGAAAAGAAAAAAAGAAACAAGUCUACUUGUUUUCCUUAAAUGUUAACAAUGUGAAACUGAUCGUUUCACUUAACGUGGUAUUGUAUGUAACGUAUGCACUAUGCUUCUCAGAUAGUACCGGCUGUGCCUUGUUGACCUGUUUUUGUUUUUUUUCCACUUUAUUUCAAAAUCUUUUAAUGAAGACGAGAUUUCAAAUGAAUGAAAACCUUGUAACACUUACAUUCUUGUUUUGUUUUGUUUUUAUACUGGACUUGGUAAUACAAUAUGUAUUCUGUAUAUUUUUUUUGUAUUGUGAAGAAUGUCAUUUUCAAUAAACAAAGCAUUGAAUGCUUAAACAGAGUUGAAACUUUUUAGAGGAGCUGAAACAAACAAAAAAAACACUUUUGGUUUUAAACCUUUAGAUUUAAUUUUUCUCUACUCUGGAAAAAAAACUGAAAUAUGGGAGGGCAUCUGCAAUGAAAUCCCACACCAACAACAAUUAUUCACAAAUAAAGAAUAUCAUACAAAACAUGUCUUGUAACACUGUUAAAUAAGGGCAGGACUAUAGCUAACGCUUCCUGAAUUAGGGGGGUUUGGUGGCGGCUGUGUGCUUCCUCAUAGAAAAGAGCACGCAUGCACCACAAUGACAGAGGAGAAAAAAAAAAGAUCUACUUUUACAGAUGAGGGAGAUGGGAAUGGCAGGGCAAUGCACAAACAGGGCACUGCAAAUUCCAACAGUGGGAGCUCAUUUUUGCAGCUCCUCUUUGUAAGAGUGGAGAAAGAACAAGGACAGGAGGGUGAUCAGUGUAUUUCGUAGGUGUAACUAUUCCUGUAAUGCCCUAGUUGACAAUCUGUGUUGCUCUUUUCCUUCUCUCUCUACUGCAUUUGUUCAUUGGUCACGGCAGAGACCGGAGCAUCCCUGGAAUGAUAUGCCAGCAAGUUUUUUUUGUUUUAAAUGCACAGAUCUGCCAAGUUUUGUGUGCAAAAACAUAAUAAUGACAACAACCAAAAAAAAAAAGAAAUCUCACAUUAAUCUCCGGCUGGGAUAAAAUGAUUAGUUAUUAUAUCAAAGCUGGCCUCGGAAAAACCUUCAGAGUAAAUGGUCACAUGUGAUUUGUGCAGCUGAGUACAGCACCAUGGCAACAGAGACAAGAAUAUGAAACCCCUUUGAGCUGCUACAGAAACCCCCCUCCGUCUGUGUGCCUCACACACCCACACGUCGUCCAGGAGCUUCGAGGUGGAGUUUUUAUGUAUGAAAAUGGAAACGAAGACCAAUAAAAAAAACAAAGACACUAAAAAAAAAAAUAUCACCCACUUCAAAAAAAAAGAAAAAGAAAGAAAAUUAAAAAUCUAUACACAUUGCAUGUUCUCAUUAAAGUGACUGAGCCUGUUAGAAUUCUAGACAGUAGUUGGAUUUAGCAGCAAAUUCACUUGUCAAUAAAUAUAGAUGUACAGUGUACAAAUGUCUCUCUGGAGCCGGGGUCAGACUGUGGAUAGCCCCCCCCACCUC